UACAAUGACCUAAAAAUAACCUUAACUGCACUUAAUUUUGAAAAUAUCUGUGCCUUUUCGUAUUUGCAAUGCUCUCGGCUUAUCAAAAUAAAAAAACGAAAAGUCGGUGAGGUUACCACUUAACUACUUAACUACUGCCCGGCUUCGUUCGGCAUCAACUUCAGUGCCAAGGUUAAGCAAGCAAUUGGGGUAACCGAUAAGACUGCGUUAACUGCAUGUAGUGCUAAGUAAAUAUCAAAUAUAUUACCGUUAAAAGCACGCUUAACAACAGAAAAUUGUUGUGAUUGCUUAAUUCUCUGAUAGAACGUGAGAUUUUGUAUAAAAUACCGCUAUAGACUGACUAAAAUCACAGUUCAAACGAAACAGAGCCACAUUACAAAGCAAAAACAUGAAAUUCGCUGUAACGGUACUACUUGUGAUUACGCUUUCCUUAGCAAAAGCCGAACAAGCCAAUAGAAGUGAGCGCUGCACGAAUGCUUGUCCGAAGCAUUUGGAUCCUGUUUGUGCGGUUUCCGGAGACGAAAGUGCUGCAACGGAGUCAGGUGCAGUGGGCGAAGGCGUCGUGUACCGUUACUUUCAUAACGACUGCUUACGGCGUUAUGCGAGUUGCAGCACCGGCACAGUCUGGCGCAUUACGUCGUUGUCGCUUUGCCUCAAGCAUGUCGAUCCUUUGGUGCGUGAGCAGUGCUUACGUCCUUGCCCAUUUAUUUAUGAACCAAUAUGCGCUUCUAACGGUAAAACAAAGGAGAUUUUUGGCAAUAGCUGCAUUUUGGAAGUUGAGAACUGUCUCUCCGUUGAUGCAUGGACUUUAAUAGAUGACAGCGAUUGUGGCUUAUAACUGCUUAUACUUACAUAAACACAUGCACACACUAUAAAUCAACAUACAUAUGUACAUAAUACGUAUAUGUAAGCAUAUUUACGCCAAUUUGUACUUGAAAUAUUUACCCUGAAGUUCCGCCAAAUAAAAUGUGUUCUCAUAAAAAUUCAAAGUUUUUAUUUUAUUUAUUUUAUUUUUUCUGUUUAAUGUUUCAGAAAUUAUACAAAAAACAUUACCUAGUAUUUAUUGUUACAGUUACUUUCGUUUUUCUGCUUUGUUUACAAUAUUACUAAUUUUUCUUCACUAAUACUUAGUCUCAGUUUAUACGCUUAACCAUAGUCAUUGUUGUUGUGUCUUAUUACUUAUAUUUUUUACUUACUUAAUUAUGCAUGAUUUUUAAUUAUCUAUUUCGUAACAUCUCUUUGCUAUUUUUUCAAUAUUUACAGUUUAAUAAAUACACAUUAUAAAUUCAUUUAUUUUUUCUAUAGUUAGGAUGACAUUAAAUACUUAUUUAGUUUUCGCUAAAUUCUUAAAAUUGUCUUAUACUUAAUUUAUCAAUUACUACAAAUAUUAAUUUUUUUAACUACAGUUACUUUCCACUUAUUGUAAGCACAUCUGCUCCAUAGCUGGAACUCAGCACAGUGUCUAAUUUUGUUACAGUUUACUGUGCUUAUAUUUUCUAACCUGCCACUACAACAAUGUUUUGACUAAUUCUGUCAUCAUGUGCCAUUUUCAAUUUAUAUAUUAAAAUUAAAUUCAUUUUGAGCAUAGUUUGGCUUUUGCAUGGUGAUUAUCCACCAUAUUGUAGGCUCUUACAUACGUAUAAUUUUAUAAAUAUUUGUAUUUACAUUAAAAGGAAGAUGCUUAUUUUGAGUUCAGAAGUAGGUCCUCAAAAAAUAGUAUUUAAAUGUUUUAUAAAAUUAUUUAAUUAAAAAAAAUUAUUAUUGCAGAGUAGGAAACAAAAACAAGAAAAAAUAGUAAAUUAAAAAUU